AUGCUGCCUCAAACACGCUCUCCUCUAUUCAGACUACCUGGCGAGCUGAGGAACGAAAUCUUUGAUCUCGCUCUGACACCAUCUACGCCUAUCGUUGAUCCAAAAUGGGACACGACCAUUAAGCCAGAACACGGUCAGAUCACUACCCUGGGCAUUGCUCUUUUGAGAACCUGUCGUGCCAUCUACCUCGAGGCGAACAACUCGGUGCCAUUGCAAAACGGGGACUUCGUAUUCACAAGAGUCGCCCAUAUCCAAGCAUUCUUUUGCCGCUUGUCAUUAGCACAAGCCAGCCAUAUUCGCCAUAUCACAAUCGAUCUCAAAGACGCAGCAUCGGGAGACAGGGCGCUACAAAGCGAGCAGAGUGCAACCAUUGCCAACGAGUGGGUUCAUUACUUCUGCUGUACCCGUGGAGCGCACAUGCUGGGAGCCUGGUGCGCAGAUCUUAGCACCCUCACAUCUGAUGUGCCAUAUCUACGUUCAUUAUGCUUUGACCUGACCAACUGGCAACCAAGCCAUGCUGGUUCGCGAAUUGGUGGUUGGAGAUACCUGCAGACCUUGCUUCGGAGGACACGAGAUUUGGACUCCAUUACACUCAAAAGCAAGUGUCUGGACAGCAGCUCCUGGACUUCCCAGCCCGUACCAUGGAGCCUGGGCUUGUGGUUCUCUCCUGCUUUCGACAAAGACGAGUCGGCUUUGGUAGAUUUGAUGGGUCAGACAGUACGCGCGGCGGGAGAGAAGGAAGUCAUCUCCAUCAAAUGGCAUACGGCAGACGGUAUCACAUCGCUGACGGUGACCAUUGGAAAGGCAGAAGAUGUCUCUCCACUGUCAAGUAUCCAAGUUCCCUUGUCGCAGAAUGGGAACAUGUCAUGGGACUCCUUCCUUGAGUUCAAGGACAAUCAAGUCGAGCUGACAAGACGCAAGGCAUCGUUGUCCGUGAGUAGCACCAUCUGGGACAAUGCACCAGCAAUUCAAGUGUAG